AUGGACGUGGCCGCGCUCUUGAGCGACAGGACAGCGAUGCAGCAGCUGGUGGACGACCUCUACCGUCCGUUCGAGUCCGAGCAGGUGGCUCAGGUCGUGGCGCUGCGUGUGGCAUCACCUCCCGCUUCUGAUGGAUUUGACCGAUUUUCAACCAAUCGCAAGACGCGCUUGGCCGACUUUGCCCGAACGACCGGGUAUAGCCUCACGACGGCCAUUGCAGGAGCAGUCGCAGGCGCGAAGCAGAUCGCGUAUGGAGAGGUGUGGGCGCAGAGAGAGGAGAGGAGAAGGCAAAAGGAGACUGAAGAGGAGCAAAAGAUGGGGGAAACGAGGACGUUGGAGGGCGCUGAGUUUGCGGCCCAGACAACGAGUGCUGCGCCCGAGUGCUUGGUGGCUGACGAGGAAAGUGGGGAGUGGAGUGUGGAGCUCGAGCGCGAGCUAUUUACGAAGCCGGCAAAGAGGGUAUUGCUCGUUGUGGACUCGGUGGGUGAGGUAGAAAGCAUCUUGGCGGCGAGAGACGCACUGUCGAGGCUGGGGUGUGACGUUGUGGGCGUGAGUUUCGUUGUCGCGACGACUGCAAAUGUGUUGCACAGCUUGGCCUCAGCCCACGUGACUUAUUGCUGCUUGUGGGACUCGAGUCGUGGUGUGAAAGUGAAACCAUCACUUCUGUCGGCCGUCGACUUCAGUAAUGGAUUGGACAGCAGUGGUGCUAGCAACGGAGCAAGGAAGCGUCAACGCAUUGCAGGUUCCAGUACAGACCUUUCCGUCCAAGUCGUAUUGAGCCAUUGCACUGCAGAGUAUCAGGCCAACAGUCCGAGUGAAGACCGUAGCGUGCACGUUGUAAAGACGAUGGACGCUAGUGUUCAGAUUUACGCCGUUUUCGACGGGCACGGCGGCUCCAGAGCAGUGGAUCACCUGCGCUCGUCACUGUGUCAGGAUAUACUUGGCGACAUUACAUCCAACAGCUCCAGCGACGAGGUCCGUACAAUUGUUGAGAGCGCUUUUGCGCGCGCCGAUGAAGAAUUGAAGCAGUCGCUCUUAGCUCUUGCUCCCGACAUCCGCUUGUCGAAGGGCUACUGCAACGCUGGGUCGUGCGCCGUCAUCGCGUUGUUCGUUCACAAGGCGCUUUACGUCGCAAAUGUAGGAGACUGUGCUGCUGUGCUAGGAAAGAUGAACAAAGAGACGAAAGAGCUACAGGCGAUCGAAGUGUCUACUGAUCAUUCGUGCAGCAAUUCGCACGAGACCAAGCUCGUGAUCGAGCGCUCGCACGAUCGCAAUGCUAUCCGGAUGAGCAAGGACGAUGUGAUCGCUGGACUUGGCACACUAGGUGCUCAACGCGUGGCUGGUAGUCUGGCAAUGACGCGCGCCUUCGGUGAUUUCUACCUCAAGUGUCCAGAGCUGAGUAUGGCGCCGUUCAAGAGCAAAGUGCCGUACAUCACAUCGCAACCUAGCAUUUCGACCGUUGACAUGGAUGGUAGUGAGAAGUACGUCAUACUAGCAAGCGACGGUUUGUGGGACGUCAUGACGCCACAAGAGGCUGUUCUUAUUGUGGACAAAUUUGACCCAGAGCAGUCUUUAUUCUACACGACUGCGAGUGCUGCCCUUAUCCAUGCUGCUCUAGAGAAGAUUGCGCAUCGAGAUGGAUUGCUGAUGCACGAACUGAUGUCGAUGUCGCAAGGCUCUGUACGGAGAAGUUUCCAUGACGACAUUACGUGCACCGUUGUCUACAUUGACCAUCAAAAUUGCGCGCAACAAUUGCGCACAGCUGACCUCGAUACAAAUGGGAUGACUCCUGACAUUUGA